AUGGGGGCGGAUUCGGACCCGGCGCGACAGGCCUGCUGGCGCCCUGGGCGUGGAAGAUUGGGGUCCCAGGCACUUUCGAGGGAGGCUGCGGCGCCUCCAGACGCCCCAGAUUCCCAGACCAUUGACGCACCUGGUCUCCUCCACGCUGGGCCUUCCAUCCCCGGCUUUGACUCCAAGACCCGGCCUGGGCUGCAGCUUGAACAACUUGUCUCAUCCACGCCGGCAACUGCGCCGCCGCGCAGGUUGGGCGCCAGGACCAGGCACCAAGCUCAAGCCCGGGAAGGCGACCGGGCGGGUCGAGCGGGAUUGGAGCGGGCCCACGACUCCUCUUUUCGCCCCAGGGAAGGGGCGCCCGAGCCGCAGGUGGAGGCCCGAAGCGCCCUUGUGGGCGCCGAGCACCCAACAAGGUGCGUGUCCCGCGCCGCGGAACAGCGUGGGCUCCAGCUGGGACCCCAGUCGCCGCCAGGCGAGGAGGAGACCCACUGUGUCCAGGUGCCCGGCGGCGCGGAUUCGGCUUCCCGGGCCUAG